ACCGUUAUUGCCUCCACCUGGUGAAAAACACGAAAUGCGCAUUUUACAACAAACUUCUCCGCACUUCGGUUCCGCUACACAACCAUAUUCGGGCUCAGCCCCCUAUGCCACGAGGAGGCUUAGACUGGCUAUGAGACAAACAGAAAACAAAACAGUCAGGCAGAGACGAUAGGAACGCAGUCCUGGAAAGGAUUCAGAAAGUGGAUCCACGUUUUGCCAGUCAUCAAGGCAGCACACAAUGGCUCUGAACAUCCCAGGGCUGGUGGUAAUGGUGGUCUUCUACCUGAUGGUGCUGGGCACUGGUCUGUGGGCCUCGAUGAAGUCCAAACGGGUGCAGAAAAGCAGCCAAGCAGCCCGGACAGAGGUCACUUUGCUGGGAAACAGAGGGAUCAGUAUGGUAGUAGGAGUCUUCACAAUGACCGCUACUUUUGUUGGAGGGGGCUUUAUCGUUGGUCUGACAGAAGCAGUGUACACACCAACUAUGGGGCUGGCCUGGGCAGUCAUGCCAUUAACAGCAGCCCUGUCUUUUAUUGUUGGUGGACUUUUCUUUGCCAAACCAAUGAGAGAAAGAAAAUAUGUGACAAUGAUGGACCCAUUCCAGAUCAAGUAUGGAAAGUCAAUAAGUGGAGCUCUGUCCGUGGCUCUGUUAAUUUCUGAUCUAAUCUGGGUGACAGGAACUCUUAUCGGCUUAGGAGCAACAAUAAGCGUGGUCCUGGAUUUAUCCUACGCUGUUUCCAUUUGGAUCUCUGCUGCUGUAGCCAUCAUAUACACAUUAAUGGGAGGUCUCUACUCUGUAGCCUACACAGACAUAAUACAGCUAACACUCAUUUUCUUCAGUAUGUGGCUCUGUGUCCCCUUCACCUUAAUGAACCCCCACUCUAUGGACAUUACUAAGACUGCUUUCAACUUUACCUACCAAGCCCCCUGGAUUGGUUCUGUAGAUAAAGAAAGGCUAUGGAGAUGGAUUGAUAAUUUCUUAUUAUUGGCUUUAGGUAACCUUGGAUAUCAGGACUUCCACCAGAGGACUCUGUCAGCCUCCUCAUCAAAUACAGCCAGGAUCACCUGCUUUAUUGCAGCUCCACUUAUUUUUGUACUUGGAAUCCCAUCUGUGUUGAUUGGAGCAGUCGCAGCAUCAACAGAUUGGAACAUGACCUUAUAUGGCUCCCCAUCCCCCUUCAAGCGAGGAGACGCUGGUCAGGUUCUGCCAAUUGCUCUGCAGUACCUCACUCCAAACUACAUCUCCAUCAUUGGUAUUGGAGCUGUAGCUGCUGCUGUGAUGUCCUCAACAGACUCUGCACUAUUAUCUGCCGCCUCCAUCUUCUCAUCCAACAUAUAUAAGAGCAUCCUAAGGACCACAGCAUCAGACAGGGAGCUCCAGUGGGUGAUCCGUGUCACUGUGGUCCUGGUGGGCGUGGCUGGCACAUCGCUCACCUUCCUAAACAACAGCAUCAUGGUUUUUUGGAUCCUGGGCUCAGACAUAACCUACACCAUCAUGUUCCCUCAACUAGUCUGCGUCCUCUUUUUUAACAUCUCCAAUGGUUAUGGCUCUAUCAUGGGCUUGCUAGUUGGAGUGUUGCUGAGAUUGCUCAGUGGUGAACCAUCCAUAGGGUUACCUGUUGUCCUUCACUUCCCAGGUUGCACUCUUGAACAUGGCAUUUAUGUCCAGCGCUCUCCGGUCAAGACUAUCUGCAUGUUAUCCGCUAUCUUUGUUACUUUGUUGUUCUCCUACCUGUCAUCACUGCUCUUCAACAGAGGAUUGAUUUCUGAGAGGUGGGACGUAUUCAAAGUGAAGGCCAACAAACGAUCACAAAAAUUAACAUUAAUGAGCAAUGGCAUCAUCGAAACAGACAAGGAGGAGAAGCCUGAUGGUCAGAGUGAAACUGAACUAAUACUAACCCCCAGUCAGUUAGAGUGACAAACUAAAUGAUUUAGUGGGAUGCAGAUGUGUUUUUAGAAUAGAAUAGCUUUUUAUUGUCACUGUUACAAGAACAAUGAAAGGCAGUUUGGCAUUUCUCCAUGUGUGUGAAGUACACAAUAGCGUAAGUAUUUACACAAUAACAGAAAAAAUUUACAUUUACACAAGAAAGAUAUGUACAAGUUAUACAUACACGCACAUACAUACAUAUAUGCAUCCGUACAUACAUACACACACACAUAUAUGUCCACAUACACGCUUACAUUUAUAUACAUACACAUACAUGCCAUCUAACUAGUAGGUGCAUUGAGAGGUGCAGUGUGAUCAGUGAUAUUGCACAUUGAGAGUGUGUGUGGGGGGUGCUGUUGGAACUAUAUUAGCUAAGGUUACGGUAUAAUAAAUAUAGUUUAAAGAGGUAGGGGUGUUGGUUGCAUUGAAGUAUAAAUAGAAAUACGAUUUACAAAUAAGGUGUAAUGUCCAUGAGUGUUGGCAGUGCAGUUAUCCUCCAAUCAGGGUCAGAAGGCUCUCGAUGGUGGAGCAGUAGACGUUUACGAGCAGUCUUUGGGGUAAUUGGGCCUGACGUAGUUUCCUGAGGAAGUACAGCCUUUGUUGUGCUUUCCCUACCUGGUGGGAAAUGUUUGUGGACCAGGUAAGGUCGGCCGAGAUGUGGACUCCGAGGAACUUAAAGCUUUAUACCCUUUCUACCUCCUCCCCAUCAGUGUAGAGGGUAGAGUGCUCAGAUCGCUUUGUUCUUCUGAAGUCGAUUACCAUCUCCUUGGUCUUGGCUGUGUUUAGAUGCAGGUUGUUGUCGUCACACCAUUGCUUCAGAUGCUGAACCUCCUCUCUGUAGGCUGAAUCGUCAUUGUUGUCGAUCAGUCCUAUGACGGUGGUGUCAUCAGCAAAUUUUAUAAUGGUGUUACUGGUGUGGAUUGGUGAACAGUCAUGGGUGAAAAGUGAGUAUAAGAGGGGACUGAGGACACACCCCUGUGGGAAACCCACAUUCAGAAUGAGGGUGGGGGAGGUGUGCUCUCCCAUUCUGACGUUCUGGGGUCUGUUGCUCAGGAAGUCCAAUAUCCAGCUGCACAGUGAGCUGCUGAGUCCUAAGUUGCUUAGUUUAUUAACCAGUUUGUGGGGUUGAACUGUAUUGAAGGCAGAGCUGAAGUUAUUGUGAUUUAUUAUCACACCUUCUGUUUUUAUGCCAGAUAUUUUGUGAAAUGAUCAUGUUUGCCACAGGACCUUGGAAGAAUUCAUGGAUUCUUCCAAAGUCAUCCAUUGUUUAUAAUCAGUGCAUGCUUUCUGUAUGCAGUAUAUACAUUUCUUAAAAUUACAUUGGAGUAAUUUCUUUAAAUACAUUUUUCUAGCAUUUGUUUAACCGAUUGUUACUAAUGGUGAAUGAUACUAAUAUAGUGUUACUUCAGUAAAAUUCCUAAAGUUAGUGGGAGGUAAUACAUGAAUCACUGAAUGAAUAUGAGUCCAUAUGUAUGAAUCUUAUGUAGCAUCUAGAUGGAAGUAUGAAAUGGAAGAUGGAUGCUCGCAGUAAAGUGCUUCCUUACCCAACAAAUUAUGAUUUGGGAAAACAAUUAAAAAUAUUUUUGGACUUGCACUUGUGCUACAAUCAGCUGAUUUCAGUACGUGUGGAACUGAAGAGGAAGAUGGGGGG